AGCUUCUCAGGCCCCAAAGCCACUUUUCCUCUCUUCCCUUUUCUCCCAUUUUCCCAUAUUUCUCUCUCUCUCUCGCCCUCUCUCUCUCUUCUCUGUUCAAUCUUCUUCCCUCUCCCAUUCAUUAAUCAUAAAUCACUCUGCUUUCUGCUGCACAGAAUUCAAUAAUGACAGGUGCAUAGAUUUCUCCCCCUUGCCCUGUCCUUGUCUCCCCCCAGUCCUCUCUCUCCCUCCCUACCCUCACUCACUCUCUUCACUGUCCUGCCCCCCGCCCCCCUCUGCUCAGGCUCUCCGAUCACCGGAAUCUUCCAUGCCCCUCCAGCUGACCUGUUCCCGGCAAGCUUCCCUCGGCUCCGAUGCUUCUGGGAUUUUGAUUCAUUAUCAUAGUAAAAAAUGGGAAACAGAAGGAAUUUAUACCAGUCCAAGCACCCGUUUGGUGCCUACCCUUUCGAGGCCCUUUGGUCGGGCUGCUGGUUGCCUGUGGAGCUAAUAAGAAUCGCCCACGGGUACAUUAAUAUCUCUUCUGUGGAUGGUCGGCACGCCCAUGAGAACUGUGGGCCCACCACCAGUCUCCGAAUAAGAUCUCGUCGAGCCACCUCUUCUGACUGCAUCUGUUUCUUGAGGCCCGGCAUUGAUGUAUGCGUGCUUUCAGGGGAAAGUUCAAAACCCGUCUCGGUUGAUGCUAGAAUAAGCUCUGUACAGAGGAGGCCUCAUGAGUCAAGAUGCUCGUGCAAAUUUUACGUGAAGUUGUAUGUUUCUCAACGUCCACUCGGGUCAGAUCGUGGGGUUCUAAGUAAGGAGACCAUCAUGAUGGGAAUUGAUAGUAUCUCAAUCCUACAAAGGCUCGAGCCUCCUCAGAUUGAAAGCCAGCUCCACCGAUGGGCAACUUCCGAGGACACCACUUCUCUGCCAAGAACUAAAAUUUUGACUGGAAAAUUUUUGUCUGACAUUUCUUGGUUGCUUGUGGCAUCUGCUAUGAAGCGGGUCUCCUUUGAUAUAGGGUCGGUGAAUGAGAAGAUUGUGUAUCAAAUCUCUGGUAGUGGUGAUUCGUUGAAGACCGUGAAUUUUAAGAUAGACAAUAAUAUUAUGGUACCAGUCAUGUUCGAGCAUGCUCCCGAGGAAGAGACCAAUCACGAGGAGGUUGAGCCUGAUGAGUCUGAGCCGAGCCCGCAGACGUUAUCGGAAGUGGUGGAGUUGAGGAGAUCGAAGCGGCGGAACAUUCAGCCCGAGCGGUUCUUGGGUUGUGAUGUAUCGAAGUUGCAGAUCAACCCCUAUCGGUCAGGGCUGCUAAAGAAUGAUAAGUGGAAGCAGGAAAUAAACGAGGAUGAUGAGUUGUCUCUUCCUCUCUCUGUUCUCUUUGGCAAACGUAGGAGAGGGCGAUCUGGUGACCUUAGGGAACGUAAAAGGCGGUGCUUGUCUGAGUCUGGGAGUCCUGUUGGGGCUGAUAAGGCGACGGAGGAAAAAGAAGGGGGUGAUGACGAUGAUAAUAUCACGAUCAAUCGUCUUAGAAAGCCAGGGAGUGGUCGAAAGAGGGGGCGUAAAAGUAAGCUUCAUAUUGUGCCCAUGGAAACAGACAACGGUCUCAUGUCUUUGGGUCAAUAUAACUCGCAAACCAAAACUAACAAGGUAAGAGAUCGGUCAGGAGAGAGCAGUGGCGGCGGCGGUGGAAGUGGGUCUACUUAUUCUUUUGCAUAUUACACUUCGGAACGGACCCUUACAGAAGGGGGCAAGAGCCGUCGGGAUUUGGAAGACAUGGACUUUGGCCAGAGCUGGGUGAGGAACGCUUUUGAUAAGAAAGCAGACCGUAGGAAAUACUAUAGAUUCCCACCAAAGAGGGAGUUCAUGAACGAGGAGCGGAUCUACGGGCAGAGGACCCUGAGUGCAGGCUUGUACAAGGAUCUGAUUAAUUCUUACAUGAAGAGCAUUGACUCGACCAAGAUUAAGGAUGAGGUGCCGCUGAUCGACCAAUGGAAAGAGUUUCAAUCCAGAAGUAAAGCAUCGCAUCGGAAGCAAGUGAGACUGGGUCCCAUCGUAAACGAGGCAGAAGAGGAAGAGGAGGAGGAAGAGGAGUCGGAGUUGGAUGUGUUGUGGAGAGAGAUGGAGCUCUGCAUGACGUCUUCGUACCUCUUCGAAGACAAUGAGGGUCCGAGGGCGGAUACAUCCAAUGAGUACAUGGAGAAGGCGAUGAAUGUUUGCCCGCAUGACUUCAAAUUGGAUGAGGAAAUCGGGAUAUAUUGUAAACUUUGUGGUGCUGUGAGCAUUGAAGUUAAGGAUAUCUCGCCUGAUUUUAUCCAAACUACGUAUGGGACGACAGAAAAUAAAGUCCACAAUGGAGAAACAGAACAGGAGCAAGCCGAGGAUGAGGGCUUAGACAUCUCCUACAAUAGUGCGGCCUCUGACAUGGAUCUCUCGGAAGAGAACAGGAACGUGUGGACCCUGAUUCCCGAUGUUGGCAAGAAACUCCACCUACAUCAGAAAAAGGCCUUUGAGUUUCUCUGGAAGAAUGUUGCUGGUUCACUGAUCCCAGCAGAUAUGGACUCGACUGGCAAGAAAACUGGUGGUUGCGUUGUUUCCCAUUCCCCCGGAGCAGGGAAAACAUUCCUCAUCAUCGCAUUCCUUGUAAGCUACUUGAAACUUUUUCCUGGGAAACGCCCUCUUGUGCUCGCCCCAAAAACGACUCUGUACACUUGGCACAAGGAGUUCGUGAAAUGGCAAAUCCCCAUUCCUGUAUAUCUGAUCCAUGGGCGAAGAAGCUACCGAGUCUUUAGGCAAGACACGAUGGAAUUUGAAGGGCUGCCCAAACCCGGACAAGAUGUUAUGCACGUUUUGGAUUGCCUUGAGAAGAUUCAAAAGUGGCACGCCCAACCUAGUGUUCUCGUGAUGGGUUAUACUUCGUUUUUGACCCUGAUGCGCGAGGACUCAAAGUUUGCUCACAGAAAACACAUGGCCAAGGUCCUCAGGGAGAGCCCCGGUAUACUGAUUUUGGAUGAGGGACACAAUCCAAGGAGCACGAAGUCAAGGCUCCGGAAGGUUCUGAUGAAGGUUGAGACCGAUCUGAGGAUUUUGCUGUCGGGGACUCUGUUCCAGAACAACUUCUGUGAGUACUUCAACACGCUCUGCCUCGCGAGGCCGAUGUUUGUCAAUGAGGUGCUGAAGGAACUGGACCCUAAGUUCAAGAGGAAGCGCAAGAAGAAAGCCCAGAACCUUCUCGAGGCCAGGGCGAGGAAGUUCUUUAUAGAUAACAUCGGGAAGAAGAUUGACUCGAGCAAUGGAGAAGAGAGAAUGCAGGGGCUUAACAUGCUGAGGAACAUGACAAGCGGGUUUAUUGAUGUCUAUGAGGGUGGAAACUCUGAUAUACUCCCAGGUUUACAGAGUUAUACUCUGCUGAUGAAUCCAACUGACAUUCAAUUGCAAGUUCUCCUAAAGCUUCACCGGAUUAUGUCUCAGUAUCAUGGGUACCCUCUGGAGCUUGAGCUCUUGAUCACGCUCGGGUCGAUCCACCCCUGGUUGGUUAAAACCGCAUGCUGUGCGAACAAGUUCUUCAGCUCGGCUGAGUUAUCUGAGCUAGACAAGCACAAAUUUGACAUCAAGAAGGGGUCAAAAGUGAAGUUUGUCCUGAGUCUUGUGUAUCGGGUUUUCCGGAAGGAGAAGACACUGAUAUUCUGCCACAACAUCGCCCCGAUCAACCUCUUCCUCGAGCUCUUCGAGAACAUCUUCGGAUGGAAAAAGGGGAAAGAAGUCCUCGUCCUCUCAGGGGACUUGGAACUGUUUGAGCGUGGCCGAGUGAUGGACACAUUUGAGGAGCCGGGGAGCCCAUCACGGGUCCUAAUUGCCUCUAUUACAGCCUGUGCUGAGGGAAUCAGCCUCACUGCAGCCUCUCGGGUGAUUCUAUUGGAUUCAGAGUGGAACCCAUCAAAGACCAAACAGGCCAUAGCCAGGGCCUUCCGGCCUGGUCAGCAGAAGGUGGUGUACGUGUACCAGUUACUUGCUGCAAACACUCUCGAGGAGGAUAAGUAUAGAAGGACCACUUGGAAGGAGUGGGUCUCGUGCAUGAUUUUUAGCGAGGCAUUCGUGGAGGAUCCAUCUUGCUGGCAGGCCCAGAAGAUCGAGGACGAGAUCUUGAGAGAGAUGGUUGAGGAGGAUCGGUCCAAGUCCAUUCACAUGAUCAUGAAGAACGAGAAAGCCUCAACCAGUUGAUCAUAUAAUAAGGUCGAAGACCGAAUGGACUUGUAAAGCUCUUGUGGCGCAGUAAGUUAAUGUUGUAUUUUAGGCCGCUAAGGGACCCUUUGCGACCGAUUGUUGUAGAAUAUGCAGCAGUAAGCGAAUGAUAUUGCUGCUGGAGGCAUUUGAGAAAUGAUAUAUAGGUUAUUUCAGUGGAACAGUGUAGUUGAUGUAUGAGAUGUAAAAUAAGACUGCUAUACCUUGGAAGCUUCAUGCCUUGUUUGGUUUCAUAGUGUUAUUUUAGAAUUACAA